CAUACAAAUGACAAUAAACUCUCACUUCAUCUUUUGGGACGUUGGAUUCAAGAAAUGGCAACUGAUCAAGAUCAACAACUUCAAGGAAUGCUUUUAGAAGAAGUCUGGCUGGCGGCAAUUAGAUUUUUAAAUAAAAAAGCAGACAUCGCUAAGGUGUCAAUAGACAGUACGAAAGAAGACCAAGUUAAUCAAAUAAACCCACCAACAUACUUUGGAAUUAGGACCGCUCUUCGUAUAAAGAAA